AUGGAGAUUUAUUUUGAGGAAUUGUGUCAUGUGGUUAUGGAGGCCGUGAAGUCAGCCAUUCUGCCAUCUGCAAACUGGAGACCCAGGAAAGAUGGGGGUUUAAUUCAGUCCAGUUCUGGAGGCUGGAGAACUCAGGGGGCUAAUGGUAUAAAUAGCAGUCUAAGGUCAGGAGAAGAUAAAAUGAGGGGUUUCAGCUCAAGCAGUGAAACUCGGAGAAAAGAGGCAUAUUCCUCUUUUUGUUUUGUUCAGGCCCCCAACAGAUUGGAUGAUGCCAACCCACCCUGGGAGAAAGCAAUCUACUUUUCUGAGUCCCCUGAUUCAAAUGAUAAUGUGGAGCACCAGUAUUCCCACAAGUUCACAGUAGUGGUGUUACGUGCCACCAAAGUGACAAAGGGGGCCUUCGGUGACAUGCUUGAUACCCCAGAUCCCUAUGUGGAACUUUUCAUCUCCUCAACCCCUGACAGCAGGAAGAGAACAAGACACUUCAAUAAUGACAUAAACCCAGUGUGGAAUGAGACCUUUGAAUUUAUUUUGGAUCCUAAUCAGGAAAAUGUUUUGGAGGUCACAUUAAUGGAUGCCAAUUAUGUCAUGGAUGAAACUCUAGGAACAGCAACAUUCCCCAUAUCCUCUAUCAGAGUGGGAGAGAAGAAAGAGGUUCCUUUUAUUUUCAACCAAGUCACUGAAAUGUUUCUGGAAAUGUCUCUUGAAGUUUGUUCAUCCCCAGACCUCCGAUUCAGUAUGGCUCUGUGUGAUCAGGAGAAGACUUUCAGACAACAGAGGAAAGAAAACAUAAAGGAAAACAUGAAGAAACUCCUGGGUCCAGAGAAGAGUAGAGGCCUGUAUUCUACGCGCGAUGUGCCUGUGGUGGCCAUACUGGGCUCAGGUGGAGGGUUCCGAGCCAUGGUCGGAUUCUCCGGUGUGAUGAAGGCACUAUAUGAAUCAGGAAUUUUGGACUGUGCUACUUACGUUGCUGGCCUUUCUGGCUCCACAUGGUACAUGUCAACCUUAUAUUCUCACCCCGAUUUUCCAGAGAAAGGGCCAGAGGAGAUUAAUGAAGAGCUAAUGAAAAAUGUUAGCCACAACCCCCUUUUACUUCUCACACCACAGAAAGUUAAGAGAUACAUUGAGUCUCUAUGGAAGAAGAAAAGCUCUGGGCAACCUGUCACCUUUACUGACAUCUUUGGGAUGUUAAUUGGAGAAACACUAAUUCACAAUAGAAUGAACACUACCUUGAGUAGUUUGAAGGAAAAAGUCAAUUCUGCACAAUGCCCUUUACCCCUUUUCACCUGUCUCCAUGUCAAACCUGAUGUUUCGGAGCUAAUGUUUGCAGAUUGGGUUGAAUUUAGUCCAUAUGAGAUUGGCAUGGCUAAAUAUGGUACUUUUAUGGCUCCUGACUUAUUUGGAAGCAAAUUUUUUAUGGGAACAGUUGUGAAGAAAUAUGAAGAAAACCCCUUGCAUUUCUUAAUGGGUGUCUGGGGCAGUGCGUUUUCUAUAUUGUUCAACAGAGUCUUGGGAGUUUCUGGCUCACAAAAUAAAGGUUCCACAAUGGAGGAAGAACUAGAAAAUAUUACAGCAGAGCAUAUUGUGAGUAAUGACAGCUCAGAUAGCGAUGAUGAAUCACAAGAACCCAAAGGCACUGAAAAUGAAGAUGCUAAAAGGGAAUAUCAAAAUGAUAACCAAGCAAGUUGGGUCCAUCGUAUGUUAAUGGCUUUGGUGAGUGAUUCAACUUUAUUCAAUACCAGAGAAGGACGUGCUGGGAAGGUACACAACUUCAUGUUGGGCUUGAAUCUCAAUACAUCCUAUCCAAUAUCUCCUCUGAAAGACUUUACCACACAGGAAUCAUUGGAUGAAGAUGAAUUGGAUACAGCUGUUGCAGAUCCUGAUGAAUUUGAGCAAAUAUAUGAGCCUCUGGAUGUCAAAAGUAAAAAGAUUCAUGUAGUGGACAGUGGCCUCACAUUUAACCUGCCAUACCCCUUGAUCCUGAGACCUCAGAGAGGAGUCGAUCUCAUUAUCUCCUUUGACUUUUCUGCACGACCAAGUGACUCUAGUCCUCCAUUCAAGGAACUUCUACUUGCAGAAAAGUGGGCCAGAAUGAACAAGCUUCCAUUUCCAAAGAUUGAUCCCAAUGUGUUUGAUCGAGAAGGACUGAAGGAAUGCUAUGUCUUUAAACCCAAGAAUCCUGACGUUGAGAAAGAUUGCCCAACUAUCAUCCACUUUGUUCUGGCCAACAUCAACUUCAGAAAUUACAAGGCACCAGGUGUCCCAAGAGAAACUAAGGAAGAGAAAGAAAUAGCUGAUUUUGAUAUUUUUGAUGACCCCGAAUCACCAUUUUCAACCUUCAACUUUCAAUAUCCAAAUCAAGCAUUCAAAAGGCUGCAUGAUCUCAUGUACUUCAAUACCCUGAACAACAUUGAUGUGAUAAAGAACGCCAUAGUUGAAAGCAUUGAAUACAGAAGACAGAAUCCGUCUCGUUGCUCGGUUUCUCUUAGUAAUGUUGAAGGAAGACGAUUCUUCAACAAGGAAUUUCUAAGCAAACCUGCAGCAUAG